GGGACUGGUAUCCGAGCGUCGGAGGGUCGGUGUCGCGGCCAUGGGGAAAUCGGAUUUCCUCAGUCCCAAGGCCAUCGCCAAUCGCAUCAAAUCGAAGGGGCUGCAGAAGCUGCGCUGGUACUGCCAGAUGUGCCAGAAGCAGUGCCGCGAUGAGAAUGGCUUCAAAUGUCAUUGUAUGUCUGAGUCCCACCAGAGGCAAUUGCUGCUGGCUUCUGAAAAUCCCCAGCAAUUCAUGGAUUACUUUUCUGAGGAAUUCCGAAAUGAUUUCCUAGAGCUGCUCAGGAGGCGAUUUGGAACAAAAAGAGUCCACAACAAUAUCGUGUACAACGAAUAUAUCAGUCAUCGAGAACACAUCCACAUGAAUGCCACACAGUGGGAGACACUGACUGAUUUUACCAAAUGGCUGGGGAGAGAAGGUCUUUGCAAGGUGGAUGAGACUCCAAAAGGCUGGUAUAUUCAGUACAUCGAUAGGGACCCAGAAACUAUUCGCAGGCAACAAGAGCAGGAGAGGAAGAAAAAACAGGACCUUGAUGAUGAAGAAAAAACUGCUAAGUUCAUUGAACAGCAAGUUAGAAGAGGUUUGGAGGGGAAGGAACUGGAAACGCCAGUCUAUACUGAACUGAACAGAGAAAACGAAGAAGAAAAAGUUACAUUUAAUUUAAACAAAGGAGCAAGUACUUCAAUAGCAGCAUCUUCUAAAACAAGCAGUGUCCUUGGACCCAAUGCACUGAAGAUGGUGGAAGGGACAGUUAAAAGAAAAGAAUUGGCUCAUAGCUCUGGUCAGUCCAAAGAGAAAAAGAAGAAAUCUGCACUGGAUGAGAUUAUGGAGCUUGAAGAGGAGAAGAAAAGAACAUCUCGAAGAGACUACUGGUUGCAGCCUGAAAUCAUUGUAAAAAUUGUAACAAAAAAGCUUGGAGAGAAGUAUCACAAGAAGAAGGCAGUUGUUAAGGAGGUGAUUGACAAAUACACAGCAGUUGUGAAGAUGAUUGAUUCUGGAGACAAACUGAAGCUUGAUCAGACACAUCUGGAAACUGUAAUACCUGCACCAGGCAAGAAAGUGAUGGUGUUAAAUGGUGGUUACAGGGGAAAUGAAGGCAUCUUGGAAUCAAUCAAUGAAAAGAAGUUCUCAGCAACAAUAAUCAUCGACUCUGGCCCUCUGAAAGGACGCCGAGUUGAAGACAUCCAGUACGAAGACAUUUCCAAACUCGCCUGAGGUGCUCCUUGUGGAUCAGAGAAGAUUUUGCUUCCCCAAAACAUCUUUCUGGCAUCUUGCAGGCAGACACAAGACUCUACCAUGUCAGAGUUUUAAUUGUGUGUGUGUAUGUAUAUGUAUUUAUAAUGUAUAUAGAAAUUAACCACAAACAACUGGAUUUAUUUAAAGUUCACUGUGGAUUUAUUACAUAAAACGUUUGUGGCAAUCUUAUCAGUGGGAAUCCUUCACCUGAUUCUAUAUCAAAGUCAGAAUAUUUGGUUCAAUUUCCCUUUGUAAAAUAUAGCAGAGAGCUGGAGUACUUUUAUUUACUGAAGUAUGUUAGCAGUAAGAGAGAGAAUUACCUCCCCAAAGCUGUUGGAGUCAGGCAGCCUGUGGCAGAGCUAAACAGGACACUUCUCAGUCUGUGUCCACAACUGAGUUGUGGCUGCAGGAACAAGGGAGUGGAGAAGCAAUGGGAUUAUUUCCCUGAUAAUGUGAGAACAGUCUGGUUUACUGAGUGCUGUCACCAGCUUGCUUUUGCUUAGCACAUUGGUGACAGCAGAAUGGAAGUUAUUGCUGUUCCAUCCUCCUGCCUGUCAGGGUGUCUGAUCAUCUCAGUGUGCACUGGAUGCCAAGGUGGAUGUUACUUGGGGGCUCUGGCGGCUGCCAGGCAGUGGGUGCACAGGGGAGUUGGUGGUUGCUCUUUUGAUUUUCCAGAGCCUUUUCCUUUGUUGAUGUUUCCAGUGUUGCUGUGCUACAGGAGCAUCAUUGCUCAUGCUAAAUUUUGUUAUUUUUAUAACAA